AUGUUAGAACAAGCAAAGCCAGCGGAAGCUGCAACAUCACGACAACGUCGUACCAAUUUUACAUCAUCAUCCUCAUUUAACUGCUGUAAUUGUGGUGGUCGAGGACAUUAUGCAUAUCAAUGCCUAAGGGUGGUGGUAUUACACAUAUUAACUAACAAAAUUAAAACAACAAUUAAUCCAUGUAUCAUUGAAGAUUUAUGUACGGAUGUAUUACUAGGUGGUGAUUUUUACAAGAAAUAUAAAACUGAUAUUAGUUACUAUUUUAAGAAUUUAACAGUCAGACCAUCACAACAACCAAAAAAAAGAAUUAAAUUUGAAGAGCAUAAAAAUACAUCACGACUAUUUUAUAUUAAAACAUUCGACGAUACAAUUAUACCACUAUUGUCAUCAAGAGCUAUGCAAGCAAUAACGACAGCAUCACACAUGACCACAGCGGUUUUCACACCAUCAGUAUCAAUAUGGAACUAUCCCACAAUUAAAAUUUGUUGGACAUAA